GUCCCCCCACUAGAUGUAGUGACGACCUGAUAAGACAUGUAGGAAGUCAAUGGAUGCAGGUAGCUCGGGACUGUGUUUUGUGGCAUUCCUUGCAGGGGGCCUAUGUUCAGCAGUGGACUUGUGAAGGGCUUUAAUGAUGAUGAAUGUUGAAUGUUGAACAUUCAUAUUGUUUGAUAAAAAUUGUAAUUUUUAGAAGUAGAAGAGGAUCAAAAGAAGAACAAUGUUCAUGUACCUCCUAAUCAACUUUCAUCUGAUACUGACAAUCAAGAUGACAGUCAAGAUAGCAGUGAAAGCAUUAAGCCCAAUGCUAUUUAUGAAAUUGUUCAAGCUGUGCGGAAGGAAACACAAUUGAGUCAUGAAAUGUCGAAAGUUGCUGUGGAGACAGUCUUAAUUUCUUUAAGGGAAUUUCUCCCUGGUGGUGCUGCACGAUCUAUUAUUGACGCACUCCUCCGAGAAGCUAAUAGUAACAUAACUUGUCCCAAAAAUGCUAUCGAUGCGGCGCCUGACGCUUUACGCAUAAUGACAGCUUUAAAUUCCUUAUCAAAAGCAGCAAACGACGCCCAACAGAGAGGGUGGGCGUUGCAUGAUGACGCUCAUGACAUUCAGACACAAUUGCUUGAACUCAUCUCCGUUAUGGUAUGCUUUGGUUAUUUUUGUGUUUUCUAUGGCAGUUUUGAAUCUUUCUCAACCUUUAAUUUACAGACUUCAAUGAGAUUCAAAUAAGAAUAGCAACGUCAAUGACCUCAAAUGACCGCGAUCUGUUAACUGUCAUUUGAAAAGUACGGCUUGCAAAGAAAAUUCAUUUGUGUAUUAAUAACGUAUUUUUUUCGCUUUAUUUAAGUAUUAACAAAUCUAUAGAACUCAUAAUUAUUUUUAAAUACCUACAUAAAUCCAUUCUCUAUAUUUAUAAGGGAAAGCAACAGUGAUGGUAAUGAUGACUACCCAGAUAGUGAUGCAGAGAUGAGCGAAAUUGAAAUGCUAAAUUCAGAUUAAAACGAUAAUGUGUUUCGUUGAUGGUUCUUCUAUACAAAUAAAUAAAAUUGAAGUGUCUGUUUGUCUGUCAAAAUAACAGCUUUUUACUAAAUCCAUAUGAAAGUAUAUACGGUACUUAUAACAAAAACACAAUUUUUAAAAUUUUUGUCUGUCUGUCUGUUUGCUCCGGCUAAUCUCCAUAACGGCUGGACCAAUUUCGACAGGGCUUUCACUGACUGAUAGCUGAUGUUAUAAAGAGUUACUUAGGCUACCGUAAAAUGGGGUGAAUAGAAAUCGCGGAGUGAAUAGACACAAGUCUGGUUAUUUGAUAAAGUUGUCCUUAGGUUUGUCUACAGCUCGGGAACGUCUGUUUAUUUCUACUGUUUAUUAUAAGGCAGCAUUUUUCCUUUAUUCUGGCAACGUUUAAAUUUUUGUCAAUUUUGAUGACAGUAAAGAAAAAGGCGGUUAAUAUAAACGUGUGAGUACAAGUGAUUUAAUGCUGUGUAAAACUUAUUUAAACAUUAAGUUCUUCAGUGUUUUCUUUUUGCGAUUUGUUUAUUUAGAGAGUUAAGUUUCUCAUUUAUUUAUUAACACAAAGGUGAGUAUCGAUACUCAACGAUCUUAUUCUUUUAAAUGGUAAAAUCAGGAUACUGGUAUUUUUUAGCGAAUUCGAGGUGAAUAGAUACGACUGAUGGGUGAAUAAAAACGCCUUUGGGGUUAAUAAGAACGAAGAAAGGGGUGAAUAGAUACGAAUUAGGGGUUAUUAGAUACGUAAGAGGUUAAUAGAAACAUGAUUUAUAGGGUUGUCAAAACUAUUUAAACCAUUUAUUUAAUACUUAAAUAAAUUAAGAAGCUAAUUGAAACUAUAACAAACGCUUAAACUAUCAUUUCUAUUAUAAAUGUUAAAUUUGGAAAUUUGUUAUACAUUUAAAUCUCAAAUGCUUGAGGUUUUACCAUUAUAGCAAAUAGAAGUUCCUGCAGCAAAUACAUUCAGUUUGCUCAUAUGAAUUAGUUCUAUCUAGUAGGUAAAUAUAUAAUUCGUUAUAUUUGUUAGUUGGUUAAUAAAACAUAAUAUAUUUUAACAGGUACACAAUAUCGCGCUAAAUACACUAUGCCGCGUGUAUAUAAGCCAAAUCCUUGUGGCAAGAGAUAUAAAAAAUAUCCCAAAGAACUCCUUGAGCAGGCUCUUCGAGAUUAUUGUAACGGUAGUGGUUCCUUGAGUGAAAUUGCUCAAAAGUUUGGAAUAAACAAAUCUGUUCUCUACAGGCAUAGCAUUAAAAAUAUGAAGACACAAGGUGGCCAGACAUUUCUAUCUAAAGAGACCGAAUUAGCAUUUAUAAAGUACAUUAACUUAUGUGCUGGAUGGGGGUAUCCUCUCGAAACUUACGAUUUGAGAUUGAACUGCGGUCUCUUCAGGCAUUAUAAAGAGUACUUUGCACAAUUAAGGAUAUCAUUAAAUGAUAUUCCGAUUGAUAACAUUGUAAACUACGAUGAGACAAAUUUGGCAGAUGAUCCUGACCGAAAACAGAUAAUUACUAAAAGAGGAACGAAAUACCCAGAGAGGGUAAUGAACCACACUAAAGCAGCUGUAUCAAUUAUGAAGGCCUGUACGGCUGCAGAAGAAGGCCGUUUCCCUUUGUCGCCUUUUACGACACCCACGGGAAGAUAUGGGUUAGUGGAUAUUCUUGACCGCCACUACACGGCUAAUACUAUGGAUAUAGUUGAACCUAAAAGUAAAAAAGCUUAAUGUUCAGGCAGGAAGGAGUGUAUUAGGAUCAAGUGAAGAAUACUAUAUUGAGACUGAGCCAGAAAAUUAGAUUGUAUCUAUUUCACAUCAAAUAGAUUAAAAUAAAAAGCAAAAAGAAAAAGUAAGUGCCGACAAAGUCACUAAAGGAAAGGGC